AUAAUGUAAGCGACGGGUAAAGUCAACCUCGCACAGUUGUUGCUGCCGUUUAGCACAUUAUCGGCAAUUUGAAGCGUUCUGCCUGCCCGUUAGUAGUGUGAAUGUAUUUAUUUAUGUUCUUAUACAUUUGAGCAUUUGUGGGUUUUUAUCUAAUCAGUGGCAAGCAUUGCGCUGCCACUAACGACAACGUCCAGCACUCCCGCCGAUAAGAGAGCCCAACACACAAAGCACUACAAAUUCAAUAGCAGAUCAGUGUAUGUGUGGAAAUUCGAGACGCCAGUGAAUUUUCACCCAGAACGCGUCAGAGAUUGGUGUCAUUUUGUUAUUUCGGGCUAUUUCGCAACCACUGUGCUGCCACGAUAAGGCUUUAUCCAUUGCGCGCUGCUUGACGUCAUCGACAGUCGAAAGUCGAAGCCACAAAGGAUGAGAGGAGCAAAGAGAAUAUAAUUGCAUGCGCUCCCAUCUGUAAGUGUAUCACACACACACACAGCCAACGUUUGAUAAGCUCAGUCUCAGGGCUGAGCCUGGACUGCGUGGAAGAUUAAAAACAGCAAGCAGCAGCUACGGAAUGCAGGCAAACGCAAGCAGAGCCCCAGUGUCGCCCGAUACGCCGGAGCGGGCGCAAGUGAUGAUCGGUGCAGCUGGAAACGUUGCAUACGAGCGACGGCAACCGCAGCCACCCAAGCGACUGAUGAACUGUUUUCGGGAUCGCUCCUCCUCCUCAUCCACUGCCAACGCGCACUAUAUGCGUUCGCAUAGCUCCACAUCGGCAGCACUGCUGCAGGCAAAUGCUGGCUCCAGCCAGGCGCUGGAUGCCAUGAGCGUUGCAAGCGGCAGACCAGAGGCUGUGGUGCUGCUACGCGAGCUGCGCACCAAGCCCAACAAGCUGGCGCUGCUAAAGAGCAGCAGCAGCAAGGAUCUGACGCGUCUGCUGCUGGACGAGAACCUCGGCACAGCGCUGCUGGUGUCCAACAACAGCCUGGACAUGUUGGCCAACUCCAGUAAUGCAGCGAACGCAGCGCGGCGUGGCGAGUGCUGUGGUGCUUGCUCCAAGCGCUGGCAAGGUCUCAAGCAGCGUAUGCACACCAUGGAGCAGGAUAUGCAGGCACAAGCCAGCUACACGCAGGAACUAGAGCUGAAGCUCAGCGAGCUGAGUCGCCAGCUCCAGGAGCUCUUGCAAGAGAAACGCACAGCAGCAGCAGCGGCUGCGGCGGUGGCCAACCACAAGCGUCCAGCUGGCAGCACACCAGUGCGUCCCUCACGUCUGGUUGCCUGGAUGAAUCUGUCCAACUGGUUCAAGAGUCGACCCAGCGUGGAGACGCUACGCGAGCAGCGCAUCUUUUUCGACGAGCCCUGCUUUGACACUGAACUGGAGCUGGUGCUCAAGCACGAUCAACAGCGCAACGUGCCGCGCAUUGUGGUCGACUGCUGUGAUCUGAUUGAGCAGAAAUAUCGUCGCUCCACGCAGCAAAUUGAGGGCAUCUAUCGCCAGUGUGGCGACUACAAUAAAAUUCAAACGCUGCGCUUCGACAUCGAUGCCAAUGACUAUGAUGCACUGCGUCAGCCCAGCGUCGAUAUACACACACUCACCGGCGUGCUGAAGCUCUUCCUGCGCGAGAUCAAGAGUCCGCUCAUAAGCGUCAACGAGGCCAAAACGUUUAUUGGCGCGGCCCAACAAUGGCUGCUGACGGAGCUCAACCAGAAGCUGGAGACACUCAAGAGACUGAUACGCUCGCUGCCCGAGACAAAUCGUGAUACCAUGGAUUAUCUAUUUGCGCACUUCAAUCGCUUAACAAAGGUGCCAUUGCAGCAGGUGAGCGCCGAGACAUUGGCCAUAUCGGUGACACCCUCCAUAUUCCAUACGGUGCCACAGGGCGUCUAUGCACAUGAUCUGCAGCAACUGCUGCGCGAGGGCGAAACGCUGGCGGAUUGUGUGAAGCUCAUGAUCGAGUACCACAAUCGCAUAUUCGAAUGCAGCGCCGAUCGUCGCCACAAUCGCCUGAGCAUGCGCAAUUUGAAGAAGACGCUAUCACAACCGGAUUUACUAUUUCAUAACAUCUUCUGAGACAGAAGCAGAGCCGGCGACAGCGAGAGAGCACAAGUGACCAUUGUACAUAACUAUUUA